AAUGGCCGUGAAAUCACAGCGCGCUCAACAAAGGAAUACAAAAAUUAAAAAGAAAAUCAUCGGGAAAUUACCACUAAAUCGAGACUCGUGAUUCGGUGCAAAAUAUGACGCAUUGGAGAAUGGAUAUAUUCAGAUUUGUAACACUCUUCGGCUUUUUGGGAUUAACAACUUCGUUUGGGAUCGAUCUCAGUGAUCUUCAGUUGAAAUUGGGUGCCAAUGGAUCGGUUAUGCUGGCACCCAAGAACAACUCCAACACCUAUGAUGUAUCCCUGAAUAUUACGGAGACUGUGAGCAGUGGAUGUCCCUCGCUGAUGAAUGCCGCAUCCUUGACACAAAUGGAGUUGGUGAUUCGGCUGACGGACAGUUGUCGCUACGACAGGAUGGUGCCACCACAGAAAUUCGAUGAGAAUGGCGAGCCAGUGGCCAUUCCCAUAUAUGCACGGUUCUAUAUCUACGUGAUGAAGAACCUGGACUCCAGUGACCUGCAGUUCAAUGUGCAGGGUCUCCUGCAGCUGCGCUACAAGGAUCCGCGCCUGGCCUUCUCGGAGUACAUGCCCCAUCGGCGGCAGCCCAUUAUGGGCGAGCAGGGACUGAAGCAGCUGAUCUGGGUGCCACACAUCUUCCUGACCAACGAGCAGACAUCGAGUAUUCUAGGCACUAGUGCCAAGGAUGAGCUAACAACCAUCUAUCCGGAUGGCACAAUCUUGGUAUCCACUCGACUGCAGGCCACCCUAUACUGUUGGAUGAACUUCCAGAAGUUUCCCUUCGAUGAGCAGAAGUGCACCACAAUCCUGGAAAGUUGGAUGUACAACACCUCGGUGGUGGAACUGCACUGGGAGACCAACAAUGCCGUUAGCUUCGAUACGCAGCUCCAGCUGACGGAAUACAACCUGAUUGGAUCCCUGUACAACGAGUCCAUUCGCGUGUCCAAUGGCACCGUGAUGACCCAUGGAGCCCUGGAGGGUAACUACAGUACCAUUAGCUUUAGCGUGCUGCUAACCCGGGAGGUGGGAUACUACGUCAUUGACUACUUCCUGCCCUCCGUGAUGAUAGUGACCAUCUCGUGGGUGACCUUCUGGCUGCAGGCGGAUCAGACACCGGCCCGGACCACCCUUGGCUGCACCACCCUUCUGUCCUUCAUCACGCUCUCCCUGUCGCAGGAGAACAAUCUGUCCAAGGUUAGCUAUGUGACCAUGUCGGAGGUGUGGUUCCUGGUCUGCACCAUCUUCAUCUUUGGCAGCCUGGUGGAGUUCGCCUUUGUGAACACGAUCUGGCGGAGGAACAACGAUUUGCAGCUAAAGAAACGCACCACCAAAUACAUUGUGAAAUCCACCUUUGUGCCGCAUAUAAAGAAGCAUCGGCGCCAUGGCUACAAGCGAACCGAUAGCACCAUGAGCACCACCAGCAUGGACAGAUCCUGCAGUCCCAACAACACGGUCAUCACCAUCGAGACGCCAAUCAUAAUCGGAGGAAGUCUUAGCCGCGAGGACUCGGCCAUCAGUCUGGAUGAGAAUGACGAGAACGAGAGCUCGGGAGGAUCAUCGUCGGGUGACUCGACAAAGGAGAAGCCACCGCAGACCUUCGCCACAAUGACCCCCAAGGAGGUGUCCCUGUGGAUUGACAGGAAGAUGCGCUUCGUCUUCCCUCUGGCCUUCAUUCUGUUCAAUGCUUUAUUUUGGACCUUGGUCUACUGCCUAUAAUAUGGGAUGUAUUACGGACGGGAAAGACGAAAGAGGAGCGAUACUGUGAUCCUGGAGCAUCCUCACCUCAUUAUGAUAUAGAAUCCUAGUCUUAGUGCAGCAGGGGUGCCCAAACUUCGGGCGCAGUCCCUUCUCUUUUCCAUAAAUGUUUUACCUUUCCCAAGAAAGUAUUUUCGUCUGUUAGAAAUAGGAAAUCAGAGAGAGAGCGAGCCCCUGU